AUGUAUGCUAUUCAAAAUAGUGGAGUAUGGUAUACUGCUGUUCGACGUAUGACUUCAUGGAUUGCUAAUGAAAUUCCUAGUGUUAUCAAUGAGGAGAGAUCAAUACCGGAGUUAAAGAAGAAAACAGGUGUACUUGUGGUAAAUGUUGGUACACCAUCUGGUUAUGAUUAUUUGCCGAUCAGACGUUUCCUGCGGGAAUUUCUCAGUGAUCGACGAGUUAUCGAGUUACCCCGAAUACUCUGGUGGCCCAUCUUGCACUUUUUUAUUCUGACAACAAGACCAUUCAUCGUAGGAAAAUCAUACAAAUUGAUUUGGAAUACAGUAGAAGACGAAUGUCCAUUGCAGACUGUAACCCGUAACCAGUCGGCUAAAUUGGCUAAUCGUUUAAGUGAUCAAUCGAUAAUGGUUGAUUGGGCAUUUCGAUAUGGUGAGCCAUCAAUUGCUUCCCGAAUACGUAAAUUUGAAAAGGAAGCGUGCGACAAGCUUAUCAUAUUUCCAUUAUUUCCGCAAUUCUCUGCUGUUACGAAUGCUUCCAUUUUCGAUGAAACUUGUCGUUGUUUGAUGAAGCAGCGUCGUCAAAUGAUUUUGUCGGUAGUACCACCAUUUUAUGAUAACGAAUUGUACAUCAAAACAAUUCUUAAGCAUCUAAAUUCUGCUCUAAAAAGAUUUCGAGCACCACCACAAGUAAUUAUCGUUUCAUAUCAUGGAAUACCAUUGUCAUAUCAAUCUAGUGGUGAUCCAUAUGGGUUCCAGUGCAAGUACACAACUUCACUUUUACGGCAAAGAUGUCGAAUUUCGAAUUGUGAAUUAAUAACAACAUUCCAGUCCCGAUUUGGACCCGCAGAAUGGUUGAAGCCGUACACUGAAGAUACCGUCAUAGAACUAGCAAAGCGUGGAGUGAAACGAAUCAUGGUAAUUGCACCCGGUUUCUUUAGCGAUUGUCUGGAAACAAUAGAUGAAUUGAAACUUCAACUUGCCGAUUCUUUUCGAAAACAUGGUGGAGAAGAAUACGUUUAUGUGCCAUGUUUAAAUGAUAGCACGGAAGCAAUCGAUAUCCUUGAAUCACUCUCUCGUAAACACAUCCAAUGUUUUCUGUAA